GGAGACGGAACGUUCCUCAGGGCAGUAUCAACUCAACUCUUUUCCAUCAAGUCGCCCUCUUACAUUCCUCAUCUUUCUUUAUAUCCAGGUUCUUACCAAAACAACGCUCCUCAGGCUCUUUACAUUUGUCUUAAUCCCGCGAUAUUCCAUAUCCCCCCAAUCUAUAAAUCGUGCAAACCUCUACACUGGACAAGCUUCUUCGUCUUCUAAACCAUUGAGACGGCUGUAUUCUUCGUAUUUGUCCCAGCUUUCUCCUCGUAGCCAGAAGCGCCUCAAAACGCUCUCAAGCCUUCAUGAAGGAGAGGGAGAGAAUUCUAUUAUAAGAGCAUUCGUCCACUUUUCGGGGCCACCUCAGACGGCUCCAUCUACCACUCUCCUUACCAUGGCCACCAAAGACUCUGCAUCGACACUCCCAACCAUCGACCUUUCACCCUUUCUCGAUCCCAACUCCUCUACCGAAGAGCGAGAAUCCACCGUCCGCGCCAUCGACUCCGCAUGCACCGAAUUCGGCUUCUUCUACCUCACCGGCCACGGCAUCCCCUCUGCCACCACCGACCGCGUUCUCUCCCUCGCACGCGAGUUCUUCUCUCUUCCAAAAGCCCAGAAAGAGAAGAUCGCUCGCGCCAAAGAUGGAUUCCGCGGCUACCAAGGCCUCGGCGAGAACGUCACCCUGAACUCCCGCGAUAUGCAUGAAGCCGUGGACCUGUAUCGCGAAGUCGGUACGAUCAAUGGACCGCGUCCGCCAUUCGAAGCGUUGCAGGGUCUAAAUCCAUGGCCUGAGGAGCCUGAGGAGCUCAGACCGUUCUACGAGGAUUACAUCCAAGAGUGCAUGAGAGUCUGCAGCACACUACUCGGCGCAAUGGGCGUCGCGCUCAAGCUCAGCCCAGCCCUAGACGCAGCUGCCCCUGCGAGCACGGAAGACGACGAUGUCUUCGUCCGAAACACAACGAAUUCAUUCUGGAUCAUGCGCAUGAUCGGGUAUCCGCCUUUAGCAAAGCCCCUGAGCUCAAAAAACGGGAACGAAGACCGCGUGGAAGAGUUCUCGUGUGGCGAGCACUCCGACUACGGCUGCCUGACGCUCCUCCUUGCCGACCCGACCAAGAACGCGCUUCAAGUCAGGCUCAAAUCCGGCGGCUACUUGAAUGUCGAUCCUGUUCCCGGCGCUUUCGUCGUGAAUAUCGGGGAUAUGGUCGAGCGGUGGACGAAUGGACAGUGGCAUUCUGUGAGACACCGGGUGAUCCAUCGCGGGGAGGGGUAUCGCGUCAGCGUGCCGUUCUUCUACGAGCCGAAUUGGGAUGCGGUGGUCAAGCCGUUGAAGAGGUGUGUGAAGAGGAGUGGAGGCGUGGUGAAGUAUGAGGAGGCUAUGUACGGAGACCAUUUGAUGGGGAAGCUACAUAAUAACUUUUAUAAUGGUGGGGAUUGAGACAGAGGGUUUGGGGGGGCAGUGUGUGGGCUGGGAGCUGGCAUUGCGUCGGAUGGUAGAGCACUCGUUAGUUUACGAGUUGCUGGAGGUCUGGUAGAAAUGUGACAGGAAUUUUUCAGAACGUUGUGGCUAAGUGCUGAGUUUUAAGUUCAUAUCCACUUUGCUGUCCUCAACCUCUCACUAAAAAAUCACAACCAAC